UAAAUAAAUGGAAAAACAAUUUUUAAGGUUAUAAAAUCCAGACGCCAACAUUCCAACAGCUGUUUUCUGGAUAUUUAUCAUUCCAAUAAGACGUUUCACUCAGUCAGACACAAACCUAUUUAUUUUUAUUUGCAAAAUUUCAAUUAAGCAUGUUGCCCAACAACAUGCAGCAUCAAUACUGGGUGACCAAGAAAAGCGUACUCAGAAAAUUGGGCGGCAAAGAAGACGAGUGCGUCGUAUCUUCUGAUGCCGAGCUGGACGCCAAACUGGAACUGUUCAAGUCUGUUAACGAAAGUUGCGUCCAGUUGCAGCGAAUCAUCGACUUGUACCAGGAAAGGUUGUGCUAUUUGGCUCAGGAGGAAAAUGCACUAGGAAGGUACUUAAAAGAAUGCGGCAAAAAUGAGAAAAACUCUAGCGCUGGUCAGCUAAUGGCAACAGCAGGCAAAGCCUUAGCUUACACUGGCCAUCAAAGAUUAACAAUCAGGCCCCCUCUAGUUAGAUUGCACCAUGAAGUUGAAACUUUCAGAGCGAGAGCCAUAUCGGAUACACGGGUUACUGUAACUGAAAUGGAGAAAGCUAGGACAGAAUAUAGGGCAGCUUUGAGCUGGAUGAAGUCAGCUUCGAGUCAGCUAGAUCCGGACACUGGGCACGGUUUGGACAAAUUCAGGAAGGCUCAGUCUUACGUGAAGACAACUAAAACCAAAUUUGAUCGGUACACUUUGGCUUGUUUGCAAAAAGUUGAUUUGCUUGCUGCAGCAAGAUGCAACAUGUUCUCUCACGCUCUGGUCCCCUAUCAGAAAGCUUUACAAGUUUUCGCCACAAAAGCCCUGGAAACUCUAAAUUUAGCUGAAACAAAACUGUUGAAAGUGGAGCCCAAUGAUUUAAGCAUAAUGUCUGAGCUAGUGGAAUCACCCAGCAAAAAAAAGCCUGCUAAUGAAGAAGACAUUAAAAAUGCUGUUGAUGUUUUCGAAGACAAAGACAGAAACACGUUUUUCAAUGCUGAAUACAAAGACAAUGCAGAUAAACCAAAAGAGCAACAAGAUGCUUCAACCACAAACCUACUAGGAGACGAUUUCGCGCCUGAACCUCCAAACCCCCAAGAAAUCGACCAAUCCAAACCGAGCUCUGCAUUAUUAGAUUUCAAUUUUCCAUCAGACGCUUUGGCUGAUCUUUUGGGUAUGCCUUCCAGUUUAAUGCAGCAAGACACUUUUACAUUGAAUAAAAAAGAAGAAACUGUGCAAAAGAAGGUUCCGGAUAAAACAGAAAGUCAAAUGAAUUGGCUGAGCUUGUUUGCCGAACUCGAUCCUUUAGCCAAUGGGGUUUUGGAGAAUAAUUUGGCUGGAGACAGAGCAUAAUAAGAAUAUACAAAUAAUCAUUCCAUAAUAUUUUUUCUUAUUUUAGCCACUUUGUGAUUUUUUUCCUAUUGCACUUUAUCUAGUCAUAUAAAUAACCAAAGAUUUUGUUUGUUUUUGCUUGUGUAUAUUUAGGAAUAAUAUAUAAAUAUUACAUGGACAAAUAGUGUUUUUGAUUAAUACAUAAUAAUGAUUAAAAUGAUUGAUAUAAAGGAUAAAUAAUUAAUAUUGAUAAUUUGAUUUUUUAGCAACACUUUCCAGUUUUGCAUUUUUUGUCUUCAGUGGUUUCCCCAGAUUUGCAUUGUUUUGGUUUGGAGCAGCACUUUUCUUCUUUUGAAUCGGUUUUGCAUUUGCAAUCCUUGCAGACGCACUCUUUUCCUUCAGAGCAACAAUCUCCUUUCGGACAGCAUUUGCCUUCGUUGCAACAAUCCUUGCAAACACACUUUUCUCCUUCUUUGCAACAUUUAGCAUUACAUUUGCAAUAGCAAGUUACGCUGCAGGUAAUUUUGCAAGAAUCAGUUUUGGAAUUUUUGCAUUUGCAAUCCUUGCAGGCGCAUUCUUUUCCCUCAGAGCAACAAUCUCCUUUUGGACAGCAUUUGCCAUCUUUGCAACAAUCUGGAUUGCACUUGCAAUCCUUGCAAACACAUUCUUUGCCUUCAGAGCAACAAUCUCCUUUUGGGCAGCAUUUGCCUUCUUUGCAACAAUCUGGCUUGCAUUUGCAGUCCUUGCCAACACAAGUCACACUGCAGGUAAUUUUGCAAUCUUUCAAGUCAACACAGCAAGAAUCAGCUUUGGAAUUUUUACACUUGCAAUCCUUGCAAACGCACUUUUCUCGUGCAGAGCAGCAAUUUCCUUCUGAACAGCAUUUGCCAUUAAUGCAACAGCAACUGCAACAAUCCUUAUCGGUUUUGCACUUGCAGUCUUUGCAAGCACAAGUCUUGGCUUGAUUGGAGCAGCAGUUUCCUUCCGGACAGCAUUUACCGUUUUGGCAACAGCAAUUGACGUCUUCCUUGCACUCGCAAUCCUUGCAAGUGCAAUUGGCUUCGCAGCAAUCACCUUCCGGACAGCAUUUUCCGUUGAAGCAACAGCAACUGCAGCAUUUCUUGUCAGUUUUGCACUUGCAGUCUUUGCAAGUACAGGUUUCAGUUGAACAGCAAUUUCCGUCUGGACAGCAUUUUGCGUCUUUGCAACAGCUUCCAAUAUCAGUACAAACUUCUGCAAUAUAGUUCAUUAUAAAUUAGACAACCAACAAAACAAUAACAAUAAUUCUCACCUUUGCUCAUCUCCAUAUUUCACUGAUAA